AUGAAUAAAAGUUGGAGUUUGCUAUGUCUUAAUAACGAAGUCGUUAUUUUAAUUCAUUACAAAUCCACGUCGUCACUCCUUCUAUUACCUUCCACCCAUUUUAUACCAUCUAAUUUCGCAUUCCUGCUUCCCUUAACCCGAAAAUACUCAUUACAAUACCGUGGAUUAUGUAUGGAAAAUGAAACCUACCCAUAUAUUAAUCAUUACAUUGCUUUGCGAAAUGUCACAUCCACUCCAAAAGCUGUUCAGGAUUGUAAAAAAAAAUUUCGUUUCAAACUACUGAAUUUGCAUAAUUGCAUACAAAAAAGAGCUCAUCAGAAAAAUACACCUAAAAAAAAAGGCGAUUCUCAGUCAGAAAAUGAUUCCGACUCAACAUCCUCAGGAAUUGAUUCCGACUCGACAUCCUCAGGAAUUGAUUCCGACUCGACAUCCUCAGGAACCGAUUUCCCUUCGACUUCCACAAGAAUUAGUUCACCAACAAUAAUUUCUUCAACGGGUGCGUCAACUUCUAGUAAAAGUAUUACGAGCACGUCAACUUCUAAGAAAAGUGUUACGAGCACGUCAACUUCUAAGAAAAGUGUUACGAGCACGUCAACUUCUAAGAAAAGUAUUACGAGCACGUCAACUUCUAAGAAAAGUAUUACGAGCACGUCAACUUCUAGUAAAAGUAUCACGAGUACGUCAACUUCUCCAAAAAGUAUUCCGAGUACUUCUCUUUCUUCAAAAAGUGUAACAAUAACAAUUUCUUCAACGAGAACAUCAACUUCCACAAAAGUCAGCUCGACGAGUAUACCAAACUCGACCCCCUCUCCAAUACAAAUCCAAGCAAUCGGUCUCAUUGGUUUAACGAAUGAUGUUGAGUGGGUGGCACAAAUUGCAGUAGGCACACCACCGCAACCAUUUCUCAUUAGCAUUGACACUGCUUCAGCAGAUCUUUGGAUCCCUUCCACUAAAUGUACCAGAUGUGGAAAGAGCAGACUAUUCGAUCCUAAAAAAAGCAGCACUUUUACCGCGAUUAAUUCACGUUUUCAAAUUCAAUACGCCGAUGGGAGUAGCUCUACGGGAUUGGUUGAGCAGUUUAUGGUGGACGUUAUCGAUGGAAUUAUGGGAUUAGGCUAUGAUUCAUUAGCAGCGGCCGCCGGUACAUCUACACCUCUCUCCAACAUGUUAAACCAAGGAUUAAUACCGCGUGCAGUCUUCUCGGUCCAACUUCGCCCUGCUCGUAUUCAAUCUUCUUACGGGGGUGAAUUCACAUUUGGUGGGGUGGAUACUAGUUUGUUCACAGGACCAAUAACAUAUACAAGUGUAACACAACAAUUGUACUGGCAAAUCUCGAUUGAUGGCGUCGAGAUGAAUGAACAGGUCAUAAGUGGAAGCCAACAAGUGAUAGUGGACACUGGAACUUCUUUAAUGGUUCUUGGGACGGAUGUGGUUAAUAAUAUUAUUAGGAAAGUUAAAGGGAGGUAUGAUUCGUCUACUGGAACGUGGCAGGUCCCAUGCAAUAUAGCCAGUGGAUCGAAUGCAGUGAAAAUCGCGAUUAGAAUAAAUGGUGUUGCAUGGACGAUCAAUCCUUUGGAUCUUGUAAGAGAACAAGUAUCGCGCUCCAAUAAAUUUUGUUAUUCAGGAAUUGUAUCAACUGAUGAGAACGUGUGGAUACUUGGAGGUGUAUUUCUGAAAAAUGUUUAUGUGGUUUUUGACCGUGAAAAUAAUAGAGUUGGGUUUGCCACUCCCGUUUAUUCGUGA